AUGUACAAUGCCUCCGCUAACUGGUCGAGCGACGAACCACCGACGGAGUACGAGUUACCGGUUUCGCCGUACAGCUUACCCGUAAAAGUUGUGUUACUCAUCUUGUCCAUAGCGAUAACCGCCGCAGCAAUUGUCGGAAAUGCCCUGAUUAUUACGGCUUUCUUUACAACGCCUCGACUGCGAAGACUGACAAAUUAUUUUUACGUAAGUUUGGCUAUAACUGACCUAACCGCGGGGAUACUUGUCAUGCCGUAUAUGGUCUCGUACACAAUUCUUUUUUACUGGAAAUUUGGAAAACCGUUUUGCGUCUUCUGGUUGUGUGUCGACAUGUUCGUGUAUUCGUCAUCAGUAUACCACAUGUGUGUUAUAUGCCUGGAUCGUUUUCUUGCCAUAAGGUUUCCAUUUAUGUACCGUAUCAGGCGAACACGUAAACUGGUGAUCACACUUCUUAUUACAGCGUGGGCCUUGGGGCUGGCUUUCGAAGUUCCUGUCACGAUUUUGUACGAACACAUUGCCGGGGAAAGUGUGAUCGCUUAUGAAGAGGAGUGCGACGUAGAAUGGGUGGAGAAUGCGCCGGUGACGAUCGUCAGUUUUAUUGUUACAGUGAUUAUCCCAUUUUUAUUCACCCUUAUACUUUACGUGCAUAUUUUCGUGACGAUUCGUCGAAGUCAUCGCUAUUCAAUAACUACAGAAAGCCAAACAAACACAGCGGACAAAAAGGAAGCGGGGCGUUUGAAAAGCUCCACGUUAUUUGCCUGUAUGAGACUGAGGCCACGCUUUGAUCGUAACAGAACUGAAAGUGAUCAGGACAAAAGCGUAGCUGACCAGAACGCCGAGUCCAUUCAGGUCACUAAAACCAAGAACGAACGUGCACAAUAUACUGGAUUUAAUUUCAGCUUGUGCAAGCGAUUGCGAAAUAUCUGUUGUUUUCAUUGGAAACAUCAUAGUUACAACUUAAAUGAAUCGUUUACAACGAACCCGCUCAAUACACAGAAACACAAGGUGAUCAUGGUUGGCUUCCAACAGAGAGCGUUAACUGACAUUUCCGAGGUGCAAUCAGAAGGCCGACUGAGAAGUCUCGGAAUGAAUUCGACUACUGUCGAUUUCAGUACUUACAACGAGCACACGACUGACACGGAAAAGGAUGUUUCACACGUUUUUCCAUCGCGGUACACGGACCAACACAGUGAUAUUAAUAAGAACACUAAUUCAAUAUUAGAAAACUCCUAUUCAUAUGUAAAUAAGGGAAUGACAAUUGAAUUAGAAGAUGUAUCUAUCACAAAUAUACCGUUUAUACAUAAUAAAACAAAAGGCACCAAUACUAGACCAAUCAAUGAAAAGGACGAAACGGUGUCUCACUAUGAACAGGAAGCCAGAAAAAAUAAGUCUUUUGAGACUAGACGGACAGAAGAACAAAUAAUCACCACCACGAGAGUAAAUAAAACAAUGAAAAAGAAAGAGAUCAACGGGAAUGAAAACUACAAUUGCGAAAAAGAUGCUAAUCGGCGUAGAAGCAAAGAAUCCCUGAUGGCAAAACAAAAAGCCAAAGAGAGACGGGCAGCCGCCACUCUAGGCAUUUUACUAGGGGUAUUUCUCAUCACAUGGUUGCCAUGGAAAAUAACGACAAUAGCCGACUCAUUUGCGCAAAAGUAUCUUUUCCCAGAUCUGUGGUAUGAAUUCGCCAUCUGGUUGCAAUAUUCUAAUUCAAUGAUUAAUCCAUUUCUAUAUAUAUUCCGGGACAAACACUUUCGAAUUGCCGUUAGGGGAAUAAUUUGUCGAUUUUUAUGUCGGAAACAUGUUGGUCAAAACUCUAGCUCUAGUUCAGGGCAAAUAAAUUCUCGCCGCCCAGCGAUAAGCCACGUGUAUGUCACAACCAGCGAAUUUUAA